GGGGAGCGGCGCUUCCGGCGGGUGACCCUGGCGAGUCCUUCUGUGCGGCGGSAGCGCGAUGGGGCAGCGCGGGGAGCCCGAGGAGGAAGAGGAAGAGCUCGUGGACCCCCUGAACACGGUGCGGGAGCACUGCGAGCAGACGGAGAAAUGCGCCAAGGCGCGGGAGCGGCUGGAGCUGUGUGAUGCGCGGGUGUCCUCCCGCUCCGAGACAGAGGAGCAGUGCACAGAGGAGCUCUUCGACUUCCUGCACGCCAGGGACCACUGUGUUGCUCACAAACUUUUCAGUAAGCUGAAGUGAAGGGAGGCGUGAUUGUCCAUCUGCUUCCACAACCRGUGCCAGUGGUUCCUGGAUCACAGUUCAGCUUCCUGCAGUCCAUCC